UUUAUGGAAAAAAAAUUAACAAAAUCAAAUAUCAAAAUCCCUAAAUUCUCUUUCUUUCUCUCUCACUUCUUCUUCUUCUACCUUGCUCUUCGUCAAUUCUCCCCCCUCUCUCUCUGUCACAGCCCGAUGAGCUUACCUCAAGCUUAUCAAAAUCCUCACCGGUUUAGAAGUCAAAGGAGUUGACCAAUUGGUCUCGACGACGGAGAAAAUUGAGAAGAUGGAUGACACUGAGCUACGCACGAGCAUCGAUCAGAAGAUGGACGACGCUUCACCCGCAAAUCCUGCCCCACCACCCUCCUCGAAUCAUCAGAUUGAAACCCUAGAGACGGAGCUCUCCGCCAAUCCUAACAACUGCCAAACUUCUGGAGAUCCUAGCCGUGGAGGAGCGUGUGUAGAAGAAGAGUCUUUGGCUAAGAGUAAAGGUCAAAAUGUGAAUGACAUGGACGCAGAAGAUAAGAGUGAAACUGAAAAGGCAGCUAAUUUAAAUAAAGAAGAGGCAGAAGAAGCCCAACCAGUGAAGGCACAAGGUGUAAGCUCUAGUAACCUUCUUAAGCUCGAUAGUGUUGAAGGCCCAUCAGAUGCUCCGCUGAGUGCUGAGAUAUCUAAGGAAAAGCAGACAGGAAUCUCUGGAAAUUUUCUUGGUGGAACUGGAGCGGUCUCAUCUAGUUCGGUAGGACAUGUAGCUGUGUCUUCUGAUUCUGUUAUUGUCAGUGUGGAGUUGGAGAAAAUUAGUCUUUUGCAGAGUAGUCUUGAUUCAAAUGAAGUGAGCAGGAAUGCGUCUGAGACCGUAUGUGCGUCGCACGAUGUGAGUCUUGCCCAUAGUAGCGAAAAUGUGCCUUCAUUGACUCAGGUAACGGACAACCAGGAUUCUGACAGUUCGUCUAGAUUAUCAGGUGGUCAUGGUAGAAAUGAUAAAGUUGCGAAUGACAGUAUGACUGCUCAUGCUGGGAAUGAAGACAAAAAAGAAUUUAAGGGACAUUUAGACACAGAGAAGAGAGUGAAACGGAGAAAAAAACGCAGGUCUUCUAGAUCAAUGACCAUAUCCCAGCGCCUUGGAGCAAUCGACAAAACAACGGCUGAUAUUGACCUUGGUAUCUUGGAUGCCUUGGAGAUCGCUACCAAAGUUGCACAGGAAGUGGCAAGAGACGUAGACUCUGGGGAAGCUUCCCGAAGUUCUUCAGAAGAACUAUCUGAUGAAAGCGGGCAGUCUGAUUCGCAACACUCCCACGAUGAUGAGCUACACACAGGUUCUCCAUCUAAAAGAUUAUCAGUGGGUGAAAGUCAUUCCCUUGAGGAACCGCACGAUGUAAUGGAUGAGAAGAAUAAUAAACGUGAGGAUGGGAUGGUGAACACUGAUGAUGUUAAAGAGAAGCACCUGGCAGAACCUGCUAAAUCCGAGGUAGGGAGAGAGAAAAGCCCAUGUGGCUUUGACCUCAAUGAAGAUAUUGGUCCUGAUGAGACCGAUGACAUUAUGUCUGUUUCAUAUUCUGGUAUGCCUGCAGCAGCACCGUUGCAAUUGGAAAGAUCUCUUAGUGCGAAAGGUUUGGCUGCUUGUAGUGUAUCUCACUCGGAAUCACCUCACAAAGUUCCUAGCGGGGAUUCAAGAGAAAAGCAGGUGAUAUGUGUCGAUCUGAAUUUAGCUGAUGUAGGAGAUGAUCAAGUUGAAGAUCAAACUCCCUGGAAACAGUUUCCUUUCUCCUCAUCAAGCUCUAGGGGUGGAGAGUACUCACGUGAAGCUAAUUUCCGGGGAUCAAGCAGGUUCAACCUGGAUUUGAAUUGUACAAACGAGGACGAUGACAUUCCUCCACCUUCUGAGUUGAAGAUGGAAACAAGAUUGUUUUUAAGUCACAAUGGGCAGCAAAGCGCGUCACCUUCAGUUUCUCAGCAAUCAGGGAAGGAAGUAAACUUCGACUUGAAUGACAGGCCACAGUUUUUCAUCGAUUCACGUGAUCAGGGUCCCUACUAUGGGCAGCACCCGUGGAGCACAGCCUCCUAUGGAGGGCACAAAGUGGAUGAACCGGUUAUCUCUCUAUUGGGUACAAAAGUGGACGUUGACAGAAAAGAGACUGUUUCCCAGAUGGCUUCGUUCCUGUCCAAUGGUAAGUCCCUCGAGACAGCAACAGGAUUAUACAUGGGAAAAACAGGAAACUCUUUGGGUUUAGCACCUGGAGUGUCCUUUUCUCCAGCUCCUGUAUAUGGGUACAACGGAUUUACUGGUCCUCCUGGGAUGUCAAUGUCAUCAUCGGCCAUGUAUGUUCCUGGAACAGCUAUUCCAUACAUGGUGGACGCAAGGGGUACGCCAGUGAUGAUGCCUCAAAUGAUGGGAUCGACUCCAUAUGCACAGCCACCAUUUCCUCAACAGCACAUGUUCAUGAGCUUGGCGGGUGGAUCGCAUAGUCUGAAUGGAUCUGUGCAGCCACGCUUUGAUCAAAGUUAUGGGUUUGGGGGUGAGAUGGGAAACCGAGAGUCGCUAAGUUUGAGGCAGUUUCUAUCACCUGGACAAGGCGAAGCUAUGGGAGAGCAUUCAGGAGCAAAUGUAGAGCCUUCAUCGAGCUUAUCUAUUAGCAUUGGUGGAAAGCGGAAAGAGCCGGAGACACGUUGGGAGUUCCCUCCUCCAUGGAGAUGAGUGAUUCGCAGAAAGUGGAGAUUGGGUUCUUAAUAGGUGGAUGGAUUGGUUGAUUGGUUAGAGAAUAACAGAAGUGUUGGGAGGUAACUUAUAAUGUCUUGAUGAACUUUCUUCUUCUUUUUUCCCAUCAGUUUUCCCCCUUUUUCAGGUUUUUAUUUCGUAACAUAUAUAGGAGGAUUAAUUCAAACAUUGGUAUAUCUCAAGCUUCUUCUUAACCUUGUUUUGUAUUUUCUCCAUAAAAUAAAACUAUAGUUUUGCGUUUCAAGUGUUGCUUUAUGUUACUGUAGCAGUUCUGAACUGUUUCAUACAACUCUUAAACCAACCAAACAAUGGUGGUUCCUAGAAACAGAGUUUGAGCUGUUGUUUGUGUGGUUCCUAGAAACAGAGUUUGAGCUGUCGUAAAGAACAAUACUUGGAGAAUAUCUAGCGGUUCAAAUUAUAUGCAUAAUCAGACCAAUAUCAAAGCAGCUAAACGUAACAGUUGGGGAAGUAGAAGAAGCACCCAGAAACUCAUUUUUAGCCUUGGAAGUCAGACGCAAUAAAGAAGUAUAUAAAGCUUCUCAGGAAUUAUGCAAACCUUGAAAAGCUAAGACAAGCAAGGGAAGCUAUGAGUGCCGUGUUUCCAUUAAGUCCUUCUCUGUGGCUUGAAUGAGCAAGGAAUGAAGCAUCUCUAGCCUCUAGAUGAAUUAGGACUGGCAUAUGUUGACUUUGUGGAUGAUGAGGACUUUGCAGCAGCUAUAGCAAAGAACAAAAAGAUGUUUCUUGGUAAGAAGAUCAGUAUAGAACGGUCAAAUCCAAAGAAGGGUAAAAAGAGGAUUUCAGUCGGCGUGGAAAUUGGGAGGAAUCUGUCUCUCUUCCUGGUUUUCCUCAAGUCUUGAGUUCAUACUUUAUCUGGUCCAAAGAAUUCUAGCCUGGUAUGAUUGCUUUCAUAGAAGGUUCGAGGAAUUCAAAGGACACAUCUCGAAGUUCUGAAUAGGCGAAAGCACCUUGGUCCCUUCUCUUCUCAUUCCCUUGGAUAUAGCUUUUCUUGUUCUACUUUAUUAACGCACUCUGAAGAAAAUCUUAUAUUGUAGACUGACAAUAUCGCAUCUGAGACUCAAAAAAGCAGAGACAAACCCGUUCAAGGGGGCUGAGUGAGUUUCCAUUGUAUACAUGUAAACACCUUUUGGUAGUUCUUGAGAUUUUGGAAGUUCUUAACUCGCGAGUAUAUAGUAUAUAUACUGUAAGGAGGUGUUAUUGGUUUAUAUAUUUUUAUUGAUUUAGAAAUC